AUGGAUGGAGUUGUAGAGUUACAUGACGAGAUUGGCCGAGUAACAGACCGUUUUUACAUGGCAGUCUUGCUCGACAUUUUCACAAGAUACUGCAAACGGCACUCUGGUUUGGACACUAAGGACGGAGGAGAACACGUUGCAUUCCAGUGGGCAAAGGAGUUCAGCCUCUUAGCUCAUCUAUGUUUCCUGACUGUUAUGAUCGGAAUCAUUCAGGUGCCUGCGGUGGUGGAGCGGAUGAGAAGAGUGCAACCAGAGGCAGACGUAAAGUUGGGGCUUGGGAUCAUAUAUAUGCUUGUCCAUGUCCUUGUCUUUCUUGGCUCAUCUUCGCUGGUUCGUACUCGGAGCAGGAGAUGGUGUGUGAAGAGUUCAUGCCACCUCAUCAGAAUCUUCCUUUUCUUUUUUUGGUUUAAAACAUGA